AUGUUGUUCGCAUUCGCGCUGCUGUCGCUCGUUUCCUUCUUGUCCCUCGGAUACGCCUACCAGGGCCUCAGCGACCACACACUCAAGCACCUGCCGGGACCGGACGAUGACUUUGAUAUAAAGAAAGGCUCUUUGCUGGCGCCCAUCUUGGUCCCCAGAGUGUCUGGAACGGAAGGCAAUGUCGCCGUACGCCAACAUUUCCUAGACUUCUUCAAGUCGCAAUUACCGGAAUGGAGGCUGGAAAUGCACAACUCGACGUCGACGACGCCGGUGAGCAAGGGCAAGGAAGUGCCUUUCGUAAACAUCAUUGCGACACGCGAUCCGCCGGGUAGCUCCGAGGGAGAUGUCUCGAGAUUGGCUCUGGUGGCCCACUACGACAGCAAGUACACGCCGACUGGCUUCAUUGGGGCGACCGACAGUGCGGCCCCAUGCGCCAUGAUCCUGCAUAUCGCGCGCAGCAUCGAUGCGGCGCUGACCAAGAAAUGGGCGGCGGCUGACCCCGACGACUUUGACGUGGAGCACAAGGGUGUGCAGAUACUGUUGCUGGACGGCGAGGAGGCGUUCAAGAGCUGGACCGACAGCGACAGUCUCUAUGGCGCGCGAGCUCUCGCUGAAGACUGGGAGUCGACGUUCCAUGUCGCAUCGUCGAUAUACCGCACACCGCUCGAUUCGAUCGACCUAUUCCUGCUACUUGACCUUCUGGGCUCCAAGGGUCCAAAGGUCCCCUCAUACUUCAAGACGACACAUUGGGCAUACAAGCACAUGGCGACUGCCGAGGCACGCCUGCGCAAGCUAGGCUUAAUGAAGUCGUCCCCAAAUCACGAGUCGAAGAUGGCAAAGCGCGAGAACAAGAAGCCUCGCGACGAACGUCCGUUUCUGCCCGACGCGAACAAGGGAAAUGAUCAGUUCAUGGGCGGCUUCGUACAGGACGACCACGUUCCGUUCAUGGCCCGCGGCGUCGAGAUUCUGCACAUGAUCCCUACGCCCUUCCCGCAUGUAUGGCACACGAUUGAAGACGACGGAGAGCACUUGGAUAUGGAUACAGUCGAGGACUGGACGAAGCUGGUCAUGGCAUUCACUGCAGAGUGGAUGGAGCUAGAGGGCUUUUUCGACUUCAAGGCAGAGAAGCGGAAGAUGGAUGGCGAGAAGUCGGAACUACGUGGCGGUACGCACAAAGUACGCGAUGAGAACAAGACUGACUCCGUAUACGACAACCUCAACUACAAAGAGCUUGUCGAAACGGCCAAAGAGCGUAGUAUCUACCGCAAGGAUAUGAAGAAGGUAGAGAUGGCUUGGGCCUUGAAGCACGACGACGAGAACAGAAAGCGUGCUGAACAGGACGCCCGUAUUGCACGUCAAAGGAAGCUGGAGGAGGCAAAGAAGGAAGAGGAGAGAAAGGCUGCAGAGAAAAAGGCACAGCUCAUUGCUAAGCAAAAGAAAAGAAGAGAGAAAGAGGAGAGGAGAGAGCGUGACGAAAGCGUCAGUGACGACACUGUGAGUGAUCCCGACUCGGAAGACGACGAAGACGCAGGGAACGAGUACAACCGCGAGAGAUUCGGUGAGGCGCUCAGUGAGGAGUCAUGGGACAGCAGUUCUUCAGAGUCAAGUGCUGCAUCAGUAAACCGAAUCAACGAGCCUGGAUGCAGACUCCGCCUCUUCGAAUGGCCCAACCAAACCAUGCCAUCAGCAAAACCCGGAGGUUGGGAUUACAAAAGAUGGUGUCCGCUGCCCUUGCCCUGUCCUGUACCUUAUGCACCUCUGAAGAUUACAACGAUGUAUAGCAAGCAAAAGCUUAUGUUACCCGGAGCGAAAUACCCACCAGGCGUCGCUCCGGAUUUCGUACCCAUCCUCAAACCCUUGAUCCGAUCCGCAGCGCGUAACGGUCAUCUCCUCGGCCCACUCCGCAAAGCCGUUAUCGAGAGAGGUACGGAUUGGGCUCAACGCACGCUCAUUCAGGGCUGCAAUGGACACAUGUACUUCCACCUCGGCUCUCGAAACGAGACGAAAGUGCUAGCCGAUACAUACAGCAAAUGGUAUCUCGAAAACAGAAAGUUGCUGCGCGUCAAAGGGAAAGGCAAUGGUGACCCUAGUGAUCGCGCUGCACGCCAUACUCAGCGGCAGAGGAAUAAGGCGAAGAUGACGGCGGAGGUGUAUGAGGCGUCGCGGUAUCGGCCGUUGGCUAUGUGUUAUGUGCCUGCUUAUUUGGGGUAUGGUGAGCUGGUUCGAGAUGGUGUGGGCAAGAAGAGCUUGGAGAACUUGUUUUUUGUUAGGUUUCCCGGGUGCGAUGUACCGCAUUAUUACUUCUGGGCGAGGAAGGGGGGGUGGGGGGACCCUACGGUGGUGAAUCCGGGGUGGGAUGCGCAACGGUGGACAGACAAGGGUGCUAUGCGCACGGAAGAGAACGAAACCGGACGGGAAGAAACGAGGGAUAGUCGGUCUACUAGAACGCAGUUGGUGCGCGUCUGCAAACCAUUCGUUGACCUCCCUUCCUCUCCACCAUUCCCGAAUCCAACAAGCAUCACCGAGACCAUCACACUCGUCGAGCACCAAAUCUACUGCGACGGCCUAUCCGGCACCCUCGCCCGCUACCGACAGAAGUGGGCUGCAAAUGGGAAACAACGUGCCUGGCAGACCUUCGCUGCAGCGUUACCAAAGCUGUGGCCUAGCGGCGAGAUACCAAGCGUGCCACCCGUGGGUAGCGAACCUGGCGUGAAGCUUUCGGUGAAGCUGGCUACAAUCGAUUGCAUGAAAGAGUAUGGCGAAUCGCCGUUUAGUCCGUUGAAUGGGACUGAGGCGUGGACGAGGGAUGAUGGUAGGGUUUGGGAUGUUGUAGAGGUGCAUGUCGAGGAGGAGCUCGUGUCACCUAUUGCUUCAAGCGAAGAAGACGACGACGCCGCCGCCGCCGAGGAGGGUAGGGAUAGAGAAGAGGGGAAUGGUGAUUUUGAGGAAGAUGAUGGCAACCAAGCAGACGAUGAGGCGUUGUGUCGCCGUGAUAGCGUGGUUUCUCAGGGUUUGGGUUUCAGCGUGUCAGAUUCAGUUGUGGCAUGGCUGGAACACGUCAAGGAUGUUUCUACAGUGUCGCCUACGCUGAGCGAACCGCUUGAUGAAGAGACGGACCUACGCGAGUGGGAGGAAACGCACCUGCGCGGUAGCAACAACUCGGGUAUUGGUCUUGCGGUCGUUAACGGCUCGUACUCGUUCUGCUGCACACAAUAG